AUGAUGAGCUUUCGUUAAGGAAAUGGAGACAUUGUCGCUUUAAGGAAUGUUGUACAGUGGAAUUCCGAGAUCCAUUGCAAGAACAAUUGAAGGACCGACUUUACUUGCUGAAGGAGUAGCCUGGGAAACCCAAGGAAGAGCAAGUAUUGUUGUAAUAGGCGCAUUUAGAAAUCAGUGCAUAUGUUGGGUUUGAUUCCUUACUGCCGUGGGCAGAAUCAGUGCUUCCAGAUCAGAGGGGGAGCUUUUCCAAGUCCCCGUGAACAGAUGUAAAUGACAAGGGGCCAAGAUGAUGAUAAACUAAGGCCUCAUCUACGUGCUUGCCAGGCCGAAAGCAUGGGAAUUGUAUCUGUUUCAGCUGCAGGGUCCUUUACCCCUCACUGUGUUUGGACCGCUUACUGGCCAAAACGCCAGCAAAUUUCAGUGAGGGAUCUGCCCUAGGCUUCAGGGUCAGCUCCACUGAUAUUAAAGAGAUGCAGCAUUUUAGCAACUAGAACAGAGCUGAAGAAACCUGAUCCCAACCUGAAAAAGCUGGAAAGCAUUUGUGGAUUGCGAGUGUCCUUUCGCUCCCUCCUGCUCCUCGUAUGCUCCGGGUCACCUCGUCGACAUGUUCGCCAGCGUCGCAGCUCACGCUUCAUGGCUUGCUAGCCUCCGUGCCUAGGCCUCAUAGCUUCCAUUUACAAUUUGUUGUUGCUGCCGCCGCCGGGUAAGCGUGCUUGCUGCUUACCCCCCGCUCACUGUAUUGCCAGCCGGCUCUGCAGACUCUGCUGUACUGCUGCAGCUGAUGGGCUGGAGUGAGAGAAGAUCGCUCCUAGGGGAGCAACAAAACCAAAGUGGGAUUCUAGCUCUUUAAAUCACUUUAAAAAAAGAGCCUUCGGACUCUUUUAAUUACAGCUUGUGCUAUCUUCUGUCUCUCCAAGUAGCUGCAGUUGCUCUAGCUUCUUCAAACCAGUUUGCGUCCCUGGCCCCACAACAUGGAUUUUGGAAGCUGUUCACCUGAGAGCAACUGGAAGAGAGGCACGUUGCUGGCGUUGACGUCCGCCUGACGUGGUCACCCAUCUUCCGGACCCCUCUGUCUCAUCUGCUGGAUGGGGCUGGUUAGAGAACAUGGGGAGAAGCAGACAAAGUGCGAAGAUGAUCAAGCGGGAGAGUCUCCCAGAGGAACGGAGAAGAUCUCAGAGCCUCUGCAGAGAAGCAGGCAAUCGGCAGUCUCUGUCUGGGAGAAGAUGCCAUUCCACCAUGUAACGGCUGGCUUGUUGUACAAGGGGAACUACCUGAAUCGAUCGCUCUCCGCUGGCAGUGACAGUGAACAGCUAGCCAAUAUCUCUGUGGAGGAAUUGGACGAAAUCCGUGAAGCCUUUCGGGUGCUGGACAGGGAUGGGAAUGGCUUUAUCUCGAAGCAGGAGCUGGGAAUGGCUAUGCGUUCUUUGGGAUACAUGCCUAGUGAGGUGGAAUUGGCAAUUAUCAUGCAGCGCCUGGAUAUGGAUGGUGAUGGCCAGGUUGACUUUGAUGAGUUUAUGACCAUUCUUGGACCUAAACUGGUAUCUUCAGAAGGGAGAGAUGGUUUUCUUGGAAAUACAAUAGACAGCAUAUUCUGGCAGUUUGACAUGCAAAGGAUAACGCUGGAAGAGCUCAAACAUAUUCUGUAUCAUGCAUUUCGGGACCAUUUAACAAUGAAGGACAUUGAAAACAUCAUCAUCACUGAAGAGGAGAGUUUAAAUGAAAACUCUGGCAACUGCCAAACAGAGUUUGAAGUUCACUCCCAGAAACAGAACAGACAGACCUGUGUACGGAAGAGCCUUAUAUGUGCAUUUGCCAUGGCCUUUAUUAUAAGCGUCAUGUUGAUUGCAGCCAAUCAGAUCCUCCGGAGCGGCAUGGAAUAGCCUUUCACCAUAACACUGUGAACCAAACUAACCAUGCAUGCGCAUGCCAACGGGUGAACUUUUUCCUCAGUCAACUUUGAAAAGGGAAAUAAAGAGGCAGGCUGAUAUAGAACCAGUCGACAUGGAACCCGAGGCCAGCAGUGUAAUAUGUCUUGUGAAUCAACUACAUCCUCUUGGCAGGGACAUAAAAGGGCUGUCUUAAUGCUUUAAUGGUUUUGUUUUCUAAUGCAAUAAAAAUACAGGAGUCCUGAA